GCCCAACAGAACCAAUCUGCGCAGGUCAGACGGCCAGCGUUAGCCGACGAGCCGUCAGGGCGCAAGAGAUAAACCCGGCGCCGCAGAGGAUCUACCAACCCAUCCCACCACGACUUCAAAACCCCUCUCCUCUCCUCCGCUCCGCUCGAGAUUGCAGCGGCGAGGCGACGAGAGACAACUCCCCCGUAAAAACAAAAGCGGAUAAGAGAGGGAGAGGUCGAUUUGGAGAGGGAGGAGGAGUACAAGGAGCGGCGGCGAGUCGAGAAGCGUCGCCGGUGACCAUGGCGACCGCUGACCGGGCCCGGAGCUUCAUGAAGGACGUGAAGCGCAUCAUCAUCAAGGUGGGCACUGCAGUUGUCACUAGACAUGAUGGGAGAAUUGCUUUGGGCAGGCUUGGGGCUCUGUGCGAGCAGGUGAAGGAACUGAACGCUCAAGGAUAUGAGGUGAUUAUGGUCACCUCGGGUGCUGUUGGCGUGGGGAGACAGAGGCUCAAGUACCGGAAGCUUGUUAAUAGCAGCUUCGCUGAUCUGCAAAAGCCACAGAUGGAGCUGGAUGGAAAGGCUUGUGCAGCCGUUGGUCAGAGUGGCCUAAUGGCUCUUUAUGAUAUGUUAUUUACCCAACUGGAUGUGUCCUCAUCUCAACUUCUUGUGACUGACAGUGAUUUCAAAAAUUCAGACUUCCGGGAAAGGCUCUGUGAAACUGUUGAGUCACUGUUAGAUCUUAAAGUUAUACCAGUAUUUAAUGAAAAUGAUGCCGUCAGCACGAGAAAGGCUCCAUAUGAGGAUUCAUCUGGUAUAUUUUGGGAUAAUGACAGUUUAGCAGGUCUGCUGGCGAUAGAACUCAAAGCUGAUCUCCUUGUUCUACUCAGUGAUGUCGAUGGGCUCUACAAUGGUCCACCAAGUGACCCUCAAUCAAAUAUCAUACAUACCUACAUUAAAGAGAAGCAUCACAAUGAAAUUACUUUUGGGGACAAGUCGCGUGUGGGUAGAGGAGGUAUGACAGCUAAAGUGCAGGCUGCUAUUGUGGCUUCAACUAGUGGCACGCCUGUUGUUAUUACAAGUGGAUUUGCAUCUCAGAGCAUUGUUAAUGUUCUCCGUGGAGAGAAAAUUGGUACACUCUUUCAUAAGGAUGCAAGUUUGUGGGAACCAUCCAAAGAUGUUACUGCUCGUGAGAUGGCUGUUGCUGCAAGAGAAUGUUCAAGGCGUCUGCAGAAUUUGUCAUCAGAUGAGCGCAAGAAAAUAUUGCUUGACGUUGCAGAUGCUUUAGAGGCAAGUGAGGUUUUAAUUAGAACUGAGAAUGAAGCUGAUGUAGCUGCAGCACAAGAUGCUGGAUAUGAGAAGUCUUUGGUUGCUAGGUUGACCAUGAAACCAGGAAAGAUAGCAAGCCUCGCAAAAUCAAUCCGCACUCUUGCAAAUAUGGAAGACCCCAUUAACCAGAUACUCAAAAGAAUGGAGGUUGCUGAAAAUUUAGUUCUCGAGAAAACAUCUUGCCCUUUGGGUGUGCUCUUGAUUGUUUUCGAGUCUCGGCCUGAUGCCUUGGUCCAGAUUGCAUCUUUAGCAAUUCGAAGUGGCAAUGGUCUUCUCCUUAAAGGUGGAAAAGAAGCUAUGAGAUCAAACGCAAUAUUGCAUAAGGUUAUAAUUGGUGCCAUUCCUGACAAUGUUGGUGAAAAACUUAUUGGCCUUGUUACAAGUAGAGAUGAAAUUGCUGAUUUGCUAAAGCUUGAUGAUGUCAUUGAUCUUGUCAUUCCAAGAGGCAGCAAUAAGCUGGUUUCUCAAAUCAAGGCGUCAACAAAGAUUCCUGUUCUUGGCCAUGCAGAUGGUGUCUGUCAUGUAUACAUCGACAAAUCAGCUGACAUGGAUAUGGCAAAACAGAUUGUGAUAGAUUCCAAGAUUGAUUACCCAGCAGCCUGCAAUGCAAUGGAGACAUUACUUGUUCAUAAAUAUCUUAUGAAGGCUCCAGGUCUUGAUGACAUACUGCUAACACUCAAAACAGAAGGAGUUCAUGUUUAUGGUGGGCCUAUUGCGCAUGAAGUACUGGGCCUUCCAAAUGCAGCUUCAUUUCAUCACGAGUAUAGCUCUAUGGCCUGCACAGUUGAGUUUGUUGAUGAUGUACAUGCAGCAAUUGAUCACAUACAUCGUUAUGGAAGUGCACAUACAGAUUGCAUUGUCACUACAGAUGAUAAAGUAGCACAAACUUUUCUGCGUCAAGUUGAUAGUGCUGCUGUAUUCCAUAAUGCUAGUACACGGUUCUCUGAUGGGGCUCGUUUUGGACUGGGUGCUGAGGUUGGCAUAAGUACAGGGCGCAUACAUGCCCGCGGACCUGUCGGUGUUGAAGGUCUCUUAACGACAAGAUGGAUCUUACGAGGGAGUGGGCAAGUGGUGAAUUGUGACAAGGACGUUGCAUACACCCAUAAGAUUCUUCCUUUGCAAUGAGUUUCAUCAGACAAGGAGCAAAGGACGGUGAAUCUUUUCAAGAUUUGAGGACGGUGAAUCCAUUGAUUGCGUUGUUCCAUUAUUGUGUAGAAACAAUCUUAUUGCGGCGUCUUGGUAGGUCAUUUUGUAUGAGCUUGGAGGCCCCACUUUCCCAAUGUUACAAUAAAGUAAAGCAGUGCUGAGAGUAAGAGCACUGAUGUACCGAAACAAUGUGUUGAUUGAAACCAGUGAUUCAGCAGUAUCUGCCCCUGCAAGGCAC